AUGACAGUGAAGUCGUUUGAGGUAUCCGAACCGCUAGUUUCAAGUUUGAAAGGGUUCGCAUUGGCCAACCCUAAUCUCACUUUGGUCGAAGGUGAGAAUAUUGUGAUGAGAAAAACUGAUGACAAUAAGAUAGCACUAAUAUCAGGUGGUGGUGCUGGUCACGAGCCUACUCAUGCUGGAUUUGUAGGACAGGGGAUGCUAAGUGCCGCCGUAUGUGGCGAAAUAUUCGCCUCCCCUUCCACCAAGCAAAUUUUGAACGCAAUCAAGCUAGCCAGUAAGCAUUCUUCUGGAGUUCUAUUAAUUGUCAAGAACUACACCGGUGAUGUUCUGCAUUUCGGCCUGGCAGGUGAAAGAGCAAGAGCUUUGGACAUCCCAUGCAGAGUCGCUGUAGUAGGAGAUGAUGUCGCUGUAGGAAAGGCCAAAGGUGGCCUUGUAGGACGGAGAGCUCUCGCUGGGACUGUUUUAGCUCACAAAAUUACCGGUGCUUUUGCUGAAAAGUAUUCUGAAAAGUAUGGCCUGGACGGUUGCGCCAAAGUGGUGGAGAUUGUGACCAACAAUUUAGUCACAAUCGGCUCUUCUUUGGAUCACUGCAAAGUUCCAGGUAGAAAGUUCGAGAGCGAACUGUCUGCUAAGCAAAUGGAAUUGGGCAUGGGUAUUCACAACGAGCCUGGUGUAAAAGUUCUGGAACCAAUCCCUUCUACUGAGGAACUCAUUGAGAAAUACAUGCUUCCAAAACUUCUAGAUCCUAGUGAUGAGGAUAGACAUUUUGUUGAUUUUGAUAAAGAUGAUGAGGUUAUCUUACUUGUGAACAACCUAGGUGGUGUCUCCAACCUAAUUCUUUCAGCUAUUGCUGACAAAGCUACGGAGUUCUUGGAGAAAGAUUGGAAAAUCAAGCCUGUGCAAACUAUCACUGGCACUCUUAUGACAUCUUUCAAUGGUAACGGCUUUAGCAUUACUCUUUUGAAUGCUUCUAAGGCCUCGAAACAAUUGUCUGAUGAGUUUAAGGAAGUAAAAUCUGUUUCGGAUCUAUUAAACGCUCCUACUGACGCUCCAGGAUGGCCAAAUAUCACUAAUGAUAGCUCAGCUGCUCCCUCCGUUGACGAAGAUCAAUUGAGAGACGACAUUAAAGUGAAACCCGCAGGAAGGUACGACUUUGAUCACUUCUCAAAGAUGAUGAAGUCGGGUGCCGAGCAGUUGAUUAAAAGCGAACCUCACAUCACCGAAUUAGAUUCAAAAGUUGGUGAUGGUGACUGUGGCUACACAUUGGUGGAUGGUGCCAAGGGAAUUACUGAGAAUCUAGAUAAGAUGGACAAAAACUAUCUUUCACAAGCGUUGGCACAGUGUGCCGACUACAUCGAAAGUUCCAUGGGUGGUACUUCAGGUGGCCUAUACGCCAUUCUAAUCUCUGGCCUAUCCCAUGGUUUGAUUGAGGCCAGCAAAGGUAAUAAGGACGAAUCAGUCACACCUGAGAUUCUUGGGAAGGCAAUGGAAACUGCUCUAGAAACAUUGUACAAGUACACAAAAGCGAGACCAGGUGCUUCUACUUUAGUAGACGCUCUUGAGCCCUUUGUGAAAGAGUUUGCUUCAUCUAAUGAUUUUAACAAGGCUGUGAAAGCAGCAGACGAGGGUGCUCAGUCAACCGCAAAGGCAGAAGCCAAGUUUGGGAGAGCAUCUUACGUUGGAAACUCCUCUAAUAUCCCAGAUCCUGGUGCGAUCGGGUUUGUGGAAUUUUUGAAGGGUGUUCAAGAGUCUCUCUAA